CCGGUCUUGUGCCGCCUUCCCAGGACCCUCAGGGAGAGCCGGCCGCCUUCCAGGCGGGCAGGUAAUUCCUUGUUAAAGGCCCUAAUAAAAGGGAAAUGGGGAAGGAAAUGGAGAAGAGAAUUUAGGCCUUGGCAAAUUGAAAAUCGUCUGUAGUGUCUCGCUGACAGAAAUGGACUCAGAACUCAAGGAAGAAAUUCCUGUGCAUGAGGAAUUCAUUUUGUGUGGUGGAGUCGAAACCCAGGUUCUAAAAUGUGGGCCCUGGACUGACCUCUUUAAUGAUCAAAGUGUCAAAAGGCCUAAGCUGCUUAUUUUCAUUAUUCCUGGUAACCCAGGUUUUUCUGCCUUUUAUGUGCCAUUUGCAAAGGCUUUAUACUCUUUGACAAACAGACGCUUUCCAGUUUGGACUAUCAGUCAUGCUGGUCAUGUGUUGGCUCCCAAAGACAAGAAGAUUCUUACAACAUCAGAGGAUUCAAAUGCUCAAGAAAUUAAGGACAUCUAUGGACUUAAUGGACAAAUAGAGCACAAACUAGCUUUCCUGAGAACUCAUGUGCCAAAGGACAUGAAACUUGUGCUCAUUGGCCAUUCGAUAGGCAGCUAUUUCACUCUUCAGAUGCUGAAGCGAGUCCCUGAGCUCCUGGUAAUUCGCGCCUUUCUGCUGUUUCCAACAAUUGAACGAAUGUCUGAGUCACCCAAUGGCAGAAUUGCCACUCCACUUUUGUGCUGGUUUCGAUAUGUUCUCUAUGUUACUGGCUACUUAUUAUUGAAACCGUGUCCUGAGAAAAUCAAGUCCUUGCUAAUCAGAAGGUGCCUUCAAUUAAUGAACCUGGAGAAUGAAUUUUCGCCAUUGAAUGUAUUAGAACCAUUCUGCCUUGCUAAUGCUGCCUACCUUGGGGGCCAAGAAAUGAUGGAGGUGGUGAAGAGAGAUGACGAAACCAUAAAGGAGCAUUUAUGUAAGCUUACAUUUUAUUAUGGUACUAUAGAUCCUUGGUGUCCAAAAGAAUACUAUGAAGACAUUAAGAAAGAUUUUCCAGAAGGAGACAUUCGACUCUGUGAGAAAAACAUACCUCAUGCUUUCAUCACCCAUUUUAACCAGGAAGUGGCAAACAUGAUUGCUGACUCCCUAAAGGAUGACCUGUCCAAAAUGUAAAUUGGCCUGAGGAACAAGCCCCCACUGCCAGUACAUGGAGGCAGUCGGUAUACUAGACUUAGUAGGUAAAUGUUUCAUUUUGAAGACUGCUACUAGAAAUGAAGAAAGUGAGAACCCUUGUCUUACAAACCAUCUCUCAGCUCGCCAUGUUACAGGCUGAAGUAAACACAGUUGAUGAAUCAUUCCAUAGGUUUAACCAUACAUUUUCCAAGACUCAGGGAACACAGUGAUCUACACAGAGUCUCAUGUUUGCACGAGAUGCCCAGUGGCACCAUAUGGUUUAUUUUGGUAGGCGGGAUCUUUGCAGAUGAAAAAAAAGUCUACAUGUACUUGAUUUUAAUUGAAUUACAUUGUAGAAUAGGCUCUUCUGGAGGAAAUUAUGAAAUACCUACUAGAAAAUGUAAAAGAAAUCAGUGAAUGUUAAGAGUAUAGUUAGACAUGUGAAGUGUAUGUGAUUAUGACAAGGAUACACUCACGUUCCAGGAGCAGGAAGUGAACCUGGGUCUCCUUUAAGACAGAAGACGAAGAUGAGCCCAGACUAACUUAGCAUAGAUCUUGGCUGAGAUAAUCAGUGUGACGUCUAAUGUACCUGCACUAGACAGAGAAUAAGGUUCACCAGACAUUACUGUGGUCAGCUAACCAGAUAAAGAGUUGUUGAAGGACCCCAACUGUGCCUCCUGCCACAAGACAACCAGCAAGUUCUAUGGUGAGCCUUAGCCUGCCAGGUUGUAAGCUCCCUGCAGGCUCCUCCUCUCCAGAUUCAGGAUGGUGAGGCACUGGGCUGUCCCGAAGCAGGUUUGGAUGUGCCAACAUGCAGUUGCUCCUUCUGUAAUUCUUGUAGUAAAACUCUAUUAAAGACCAUCAAUGAGCCAAAUAGUGUGCUAGCCAUCAAGGAUAGAGUUCUUAGCUACUUAAUGAUUCUUUUCUUCUGGAAAUCUUCUAGUGAAUAAUUUUUAAAAGCAUCUUUUAAACUGCUGAGUAAAGCAUUACCAUACAUUAGUUCUCUAUUUCUGCAUUAACUUCACUUGCUGGAAAGAAAUUUUGUUAAUGAACCAAACUCAGCCGUUAAGUUAUGUGAAUUCACCUUCUCUAGACACAUUGAGGUCUGGCAGAGAAGACACAUGUUCCCUGGCCUAGAGUGGGCUGACAAUAUUGCUGCCUCCUCUAAAUUGACUCAAUCUUGAGAAACACAUACUGCAGUGACAGUUGAUGAUGUAUCAGAAAUAUUCCUUUUUCUCCUAGAGGAAAUCCCUCAUGGCAUUAUCAUUCCCUAAGGACAAUGAGAUGUCCCUCCCCUCAAAACCUAAAGCCCCCUGAUGAAAGAUUCAGCUCUGAUUUGCUGCCAACUUACUGCUUAGUGCUCAAUGAGUUACUGUGCUUUGGCAUAGCUUCUACAUCACAGCAAGUAACUUCUCAGAGGGGAAAAGCCAAGCUCUAGACAAGGAGUGCUAUUAGCCCAAGGGGAAGAGCUAAUAGAUACACAGGCCAUAAGCACAGGGCUGCACACAGAGCCUUUAUUGGCAUCUGCAUGAGAGGCCUAGAAAUUGGAUAUUAGAAACUAGGAAUCAUGGCUCUGAGUGCCUUGCAUACAGGAGAUACUCACUAAUACUAAAUCAAGGCACAUAAACAAUACUGGGUAAAUCAUACCUACCAGAAUAAAGAGUAACAUUCAGAGCUUUUCUUUUAGCUGUUAUUUUAAACAUUACUCCAUAUUUCAAAAGUCUGCAUGUAUGAAAUUGUGUCUUAUUUCUGGUUUUUAGAGCCUAAGAAAGAUACUGGUUCUUAAUUUGUAUUUAUCAUCUGAGCACCAAAUUAAUUUUUGAAAUAAAUGUUUUACCAGCAUUU